AUGUACAGCCCAGGUGGGAUUCUGGGAAGUGUCGUUUUUGGAUGGAUUGUGGGAUUUAGAGCCCAUAGUCUGGGAUUUCUGGCAAAGGAACCGGAGUGGGUGCCCUGUAAUUGUAGUGGUGUGGCUUUUCUUUAUGGCUUUGACAUGUGGUAAUGGGGAAAAGCUGCGUUUAUCCCACCACAGAAAAAAGGCAUUGUCCAAACAAUGUCAAAUGUCCACAAAGGACUUCUCCCUUCCCAUUACUCCAGACUUCUCCCUUCCCAUUACUCCAGACUUCUCCCUUCCCAUUACUCCAGACUUCUCCCUUCCUGUUACUCCAGACUUCUCCCUUCCCAUUACUCCAGACUUCUCCCUUCCCAUUACUCCAGCUCCUACGCAUCUUUUCCCUUUCAUAUUUGAAGGAAGGAAGGAAGGAAGGAAGGAAGGUGUGACAGACCUCUAUCAAAGACAUUUACAUGGGCAGGGUCUGGCUUGUCGUUGACCACUCUUAAUAGCGACGAUUGUUGACGUGCGACAAAGUCACUGGGUGCAACUGGACUUAAUUCGUCUUAAGUGCUUUUCUCUGUCAGCUGACAUUCACUCUGCGCUGCCUCUUUUCCAUUCACUUAUUAACUUCUAGUACUGUGUGCCGGCAGACAAGAGACAGACUCUAAUGGCUCUCAAAUUAAUAUUGCGGCCCCAUGACAGAAGCAGUGGAGUCCGUGGCAACAAGGCAUCGACAAGGCUUCUAAAUAAUGGGGAAACGCAGCGUACUCACCCAAUCCACCUCUACUCUCUCUCUCUCUCUCAUUUCAUUCCUGCCGUACCCUCUCCCUCUCCUCCUCCCCAUCUGUUUCUUCCUCCUCCCCCUGGCCAGGUGCAGUGUAGAUGUUGCUUGUCAAUAAUUUAAUAAGAGGGAGAGCUCUCUCCUCUUAACCAGGCGGAUGAAUUAUGAAUCGGGCAGAAUGGAGCGCCAAGGCUGCAGGGCUGUGUUUGGGCUUUUCUGAACAGGAAUGAUAAAAUAAUUGUAUAUAGAAGUAUGAAGACAAACAUUGUCUCGCACACAGCUUAGGUCCACAUUCAUGCAUGUUUGAUAAACAUGCAUUUGUAGCCAAAUGAAUAGCAUCUUUAUUUUCUGUGUGUAGAUAGGUUAUGUACAGUGGAUAACUGUGUUUGGGGGUAUGUUGUAGAUAGGUUAUGUACAGUGGAUAACUGUGUUUGGGGGUAUGUUGUAGAUAGGUUAUGUACAGUGGAUAACUGUGUUUGGGGGUAUGUUGUAGAUAGGUUAUGUACAGUGGAUAACUGUGUUUGGGGGUAUGUUAGCAGGUUUGUGAGAGGGAGUGCUGAGGCCCACAUACAUUUAUCAUAGGAGGGCUGUGGAGUAGAGCUGUAGCUGUGCGAUUGGAUAGCCAUUCCAGAGACAUGAUGCAUGGCUACUGAACCCCUUUGGGAAGAGGAUUCACUCAGAGUGGAACACACUGUAUGCUAUGCAGAUCUUGCAAUCGCCAGUUCUCUACACACACACACACACACACACACACACACACACACACACACACACACACACACACACACACACACACACACACACACACACACUUAAAUUCAUAUAUCCUUUUGUUUUACACAAAGAUACACAAUUCAUUUUCUCUCUCUCUCUCUCUCUCUCUCUCACACACACACACACACACACACACACACACACACACAUCAAAUUUAAAUUUCUCAGUAUAUCUCUUUAUAGAGCUUGUGUACACACUCCCAUACAUAUCACCAUUCUCCCUUUACAAGGACAGACGGGCAGAAUAGAAAAAUGAAGGUAGAAGAACGGCACAAAGAGAGGAGGGGGGGGAGGUGAGGGGAGUGGGGAGAAAGUGAGUGGGAGUGUACAAGCAGGAGCAAGGCUUAAGAGAGAAUGAACGACGUGACGGGACAUUGGAGGUAAAGAGAGCCGACUUGAGACCCUGGGAGAUAAAAGGAAGAGCGGUAGAUGAAGAAGGUCUGACACAUAGCAAAGUGGUGGAGAUGAAAGAGAGAGAUGGGGACUAAGGGAUUGGGGAAUGCAGAAAAGAGAGAAGGGAGCACUACUUUGACCUUGAGAUGAAGAGGAAAAGAGAGCGAGAGGGGGGAGAGCGAGUGGAGGGGCUGAACAGAAGGGAGGUAGAGGGGGAGAGAAAGGGAGAAGUGGAGAGCGAGAGAGCUAGCCGGCAGUCAGUGACAGCCAGUUGAGAGGAUCAGUCUGCUUAGUGUCUGUCCGAUCGACAGGAGAGUCGGGGGAAACAGCUGGAGGCACUCUGAGUGUGUGUGUGUGUGUGUGUCUAUCUGUGUGUGUCCCUUUGUGAGGUGUGUGUGUCUUUGUUCCUGCAUGGUGUGUGUUUAUUGAGUUUGUGCUCUGUCCAUAUUAGGGUGUGCCUUUUGUGUUUGUAUAGAAGCGAGGGAUGGGGAGAGAGAGAGGAAGGACAGAGGGAGACCAAGGUGAGUGGCAGAGAGUGAGGGAGAGAGCGAGAGCGCGGCAUGACCCUAGCUGCCACGACCUAAUCCUCUAGCGUGGACCAUUUGGCUGUGAUCAGUGUACCUGCAGAGCUAAUGGAUUCAGAUGUGGGAAGGGAAGCGCGAGGGAGGGAGAGGGGGAUGAAUGGGCCAGCUCACCGGAGGUCUGCUUGAAUAUGGCAGAGAUGUCAUAACUGCACAAUGCUCAUCACGGGUCAGCCACAUAAAGAGUGGCGGGCGGGAAAGGUGCCUUUGCUUUCGACUCAUUUCGUGUUCGACACAUUCUGGGCUAAAGUACACAGCAGCACUUUAUCCUCUUUCCUGCUUUCUUUUUUUCAUCUAUUUUGAAAAAAUAUAUAUAUACAAAAAGAACAGAGUGCCCACAUGCAGCUCACCCAUUCUCCCAGCUCACUCUGUAGUUUCUCUGCACCUGUGCCCUCCACACUCCUAGUACCGCCUCUGCAGGCCUUGGCUCCCUCUCUCCCUCUCUCUGUCUCCUCUCCAUCUUUUUCUUGCUCUCUCUCUCUCGUUCCCUCCCUCGUUCUCUCUCUCUCCAUCUCUCUUUCCAUCUUCCUCUCUCUCUCGCUCUCUCUCUCUUCAUUUUGGCUGCCUGACAACUCGGCCAGAACCCGUACCUGUUCUUUUGUCUCCAAUCCAGCCUGAAAUAACACGGCUCUUCGACAAGUGGCUCCAGCAGAGCGCCUCCUCCCUGAACCCUUGUUAUUCAUUUGUGUGCCUUCCCCCCUUGCCACUUUCACAUCGUUCUGGCAGAAAUAUCGGUAAUUACGCCUUUGCGCUUGACUAACUACAUUUUUGCUUGUUCGGAUUGUUAAAUGUCAAGGGUGCUCCACGUACAGAACUGAUCACGCUUUUUAAAUGAGCCAGACUCCAGGUUGUAAAGCUUCCUCUAAUAAUUUGUCUCAUUUCGACUGUUUUUUCGCUUCCCACAUUUCACUUUGGCCAACAUUGCUUUGAUGAAGUUCGGAAACAAAUCAGAAACACUGUACAUACGAGGUGAGCGUUAGUAAAAGCCAUCAGGCAGCAGGGGAAAUGUGCGUGUGUGAAAUCUGUAAUUGGCCCAGUGUGGAUAACACGACUGAUUAUGGCUGAGGUGUUAAUAAUUUUAUCUUUCCUGCUCACUGCUGCUUACAAGCCGGAAGAUGCAUGUGAUGUUGGCUCUGCAUGUAUUCCAUGGGCUCAAGUCUGCCUGUUAAAUGAGCCCUGUGACAAUAGGCUAUCGCUUACUCCUGGUUGCUUAGUGAUGUUAAUGAUCCCUAAUGAUUCCUGACUAAUGCAGGAAUGAUCAAGGAAUAUAUUUGAUAAAGAAUGUCUAUAUGAAUUGAGUAGACUUGAUAAGAGUGUCACAGGACUAUAGAAUAAAACAUAUACAGUACCAGUCAAAAGUUUGGACAUCUACUCAUUCCAGGGUUUUUCUUUAUUUUUACUAUUUUCUAUAUUGUAGAAUAAUAGUGAAGACAUCACAACUAUGAAAUAACACAUAUGGAAUCAUGUAGUAACCAAAAAGUGUUAAACCAAUCAACAUUUAUUUUAUAUUUGAGAUUCUUCAAAUAGCCACCCUUUGCCUUGAUGACAGCUUUGCACACUCUUGGAAUUCUCUCAACCAGCUUCAUGAGGUAGUCACCUGGCAUGCAUUUCAAUUAACAGGUGGGCCUUGUUAAAAGUUAAUUUGUGGAAUUUCUUUCCUUCUUAAUGCAUUUGAGCCAAUCAGUUGUGUUGUGACAAGGUAGGGGUGGUAUACAGAAGAUAGCCCUAUUUGGUAAAAGACCAAGUCUAUAUUAUGGCAAGAACAGCUCAAAUAAGCAAAGAGAAACGACAGUCCAUCAUUACUUUAAAACAUGAAGGUCAGUCAAUCCGAAAAAUUUCAAGAACUUUGAAAGUUUCUUCAAGCGCAGUCUCAAAAACCAUCAAACGCUAUGAUGAAACUGGCUCUCAUGAGGACCGCCACAGGAAAGGAAGACCCAGAGUUCCCUCUGCUGCAGAGGAUAAGUUCAUUAGCGUUAACUGCACCUCAGAUUGCAGCCCAAAUAAAUGCUUCACAGAGUUCAAGUAACAGACACAUCUCAACAUCAACUGUUCAGAAGAGACUGCGUGAAUCAGGCCUUCAUGGUCGAAUUGCUGCAAAGAAACCACUACUAAAGGACACCAAUAAUAAGAAGAAACUUGCUUGGGCCAAGAAACACAAGCAAUGGACAUUAGACUGGUGGAAAUCUGUCCUUUGGUCUGAUGAGUCCUAAUUGGAGAUUUUAGGUUCCAACCGCCGUGUCUUUGUGAGACGCAGAGUAGGUGAACGGGUGAUCUCCGCAUGUGUGGUUCCCACCGUGAAGCAUGGAGGAGGAGGUGUGAUGGUUUGGGAGUGCUGUGCUGGUGACACUCGUAUCAUUUGUUUUUCAACAGGACAACGACCCAACACACCUCCAGGCUGUGUAAUUGCUAUUUGACGAAGAAGGAGAGUGAUGGAGUGCUGCAUCAGAUUACCUGGCCUCCACAAUCACCCGACCUCAACCCAAUUGAGAUGGUUUGGGAUGAGUUGGACCGCAGAGUGAAGGAAAAGCAGCCAACAAGUGCUCAGCAAAUGUGGGAACUCCUUCAAGACUGUUGGAAAAGCAUUCCAGGUGAAGCUGGUUGAGAGAAUGCCAUGAGUGUGCAAAGCUGUCAUCAAGGCAAAGGGUGGCUACUUUGAAGAAUCUAACAUUUGUUUAAUACGUUUUUGGUUACUAAAUGAUUCCAUAUGUGUUAUUUUACAAUUUUGAUGUCUUCACUAUUAUUCUACAAUGUAGAAAAUAUUAAAAAGAAAGAAAAACCCUUGAAUGAGUAGGUGUCCAAACUUUUGACUGGUACUGUAUAUUUUUCAUGAUUUGACGGUCAAUACUGUCCAGUAAGAAGCAGGCCUAAUGAUUGGGGUUUCUCUGGUCUUCUUCUACAUAUGUCUGUCAGCCCGUAUUGAGCUGAAGCACAGCUCUCCUUCGUGAUACUGUCGAGCUGAUUUCUCGAUGCUGCGCUCACUCGGAUCUAAUACGUGUUUUCUGUUGAUGCUGGAAGUCAUUGUUUUUCAAAGGAACUCCUGUGGUUGCCAGCUCGAACCUCACACUGAAGUGCUUUGAAAGAAAGACGUAGAGAUCUUUACCUGCCUUCUCUUAUUCAUCUCAGCUUAGCCUGCAGAAGGAACCGGUUCAAGGCUAUGCCCAUGCCGGGUCUUUCAUGCACAGCACUGCUAAGUGUGCUCAAAGGUAGACUCAGCGAGAUAACGUUACAACAAACAGCACUACAGAUAUUGAGAUGAGUGCGAUGCAAGACUUUGCUCUCACAUAGUCACACAGAGUAUGUGCGCAUGUACACGGGUGCGCUUCACGCUGCUAGAAUGUGGUAGCUACCGGACCAAAACAGCAGAGAAGUUUAGCCUCACGCUUCAACGCUCUUAGUUGUUGUGGAAAUCGACCCACUGUGUUUACUUGCAUGCAACGUCAUCUCGCUGAGUUUACCUUUUAAGAUUCACAAUAGUCAUACCUCGUUUAUCUAAAAGGCUGACAUAGAAGGAAAUCAGUUUACUGGAAAUCCAUGAACAGGAUAUGAGCUGGGUGUGAAUUGUGUGAGUCAGAGCCUUCUAUUUUGAUACUUCUAAAUAAUAGGCUCAGUCUGGUGUGAUGACACAGGUGUACAGUGCCUUCGGAAAGUAUUCAGACCCCUUGACUUUUUCCACAUUUUGUUACGUUACAGCCUUAUUCUAAAAUGGAUUCAAUAGUUUUUUCCCUCAUCAAUCUACACACAAUAACCCAUAAUGACAAAGCAAAAACAGCUUUUUAGACAUUUUAGCAAAUGUAUUACAAGUCAAUAAAAACUAUCACAUUUACAUAUGUAUUCAGACCUUUUACUCGGUAAUAAUAAUAAUAAUAAUAUGCCAUUUAGCAGACGCUUUUAUCCAAAGCGACUUACAGUCAUGCGUGCAUACAUUUUUACGUAUGGGUGGUCCCGGGGAUCGAACCCACUACCUUGGCGUUACAAGCGCCAUGCUCUACCAGCUGAGCUACAGAGGACCACAAACAUUGUUGAAGCACCUUUGGCAGCGAUUACAGCCUCAAGUCUUGUUGGGUAUGACGCUACAAGCUUGGCACACCUGUGUUUAUGGGGUUUCUCCCAUUCUUCUCUGCAGAUCCUCUCAAGCUCUGUCAGGUUGGAUGGAGAGCGUCGCUGCACAGCUAUUUACAGGUCUCUCCAGAGAUAUUCGAUCAGGUUCAAGUCCAGGCUCUGGCUGUGCCACUCAAGGACAUUCAGACACUUGUCCCAAAGCCUCUGCUGCGUUGUCUUGGCUGUGUGCUUAGCGUCGUUGUCCUGUUGGAAGGUGAACCUUCAUCCCGGUCUGAGGUCCUGAGUGCUCUGGAGCAGGUGUUCAUCAAGGAUCAUUCUGUACUUUGCUCUGUUCAUCUUUGCCUCAAUCCUGACUAGUCUCCCAGUCCCUGCCGCUGAAAAACAUCCCCACAGCAUGAUGCUGCCACCACCAUGCUUCACUGUAGAUGUGACGCUUAGCAUUCAGGCCAAAGAGUUCAAUCUUGGUUUCAUCAAACCAGAAAAUCUUGUUUCUCAUGGUCUGAGAGUCCUUUAGGUGCCUUUUGGCAAACUCCAAGCGGGCUGUCAUGUGCCUUUUACUGAGGAGUGGCUUCCGUCUGGCCCCUACCAUAAAGGCCUGAUUUGGUGGAGUGCUGCAGAGAUGGUUGUCCUUCUGGAAGGUUCUCCCAUCUCCACAGAGGAACUCUGGAGCUCUGUCAGAGUGACCAUCGGCCCUUCUCCCCCGAUUGCUCAGUUUGGCCGGGCGGCCAGCUUUAGGAAGAGUCUUGGUGGUUCUAAACUUCUUCCAUUUAAGAAUGAUGGAGGCCUUCCCCAGAUCUGUGCCUCGACACAAUCCUGUCUCUGAGGUUUACGGAUAAUUCCUUUGACCUCAUGGCUUGGUUUUUGCUCUGACAUGCACUGUCGACUGUGGGACCUUAUAUAGACAGGUGUGUGCCUUUCCAAAUCAUGUCCAAUCAAUUGAAUUUACCACAGGUGGACUCCAAUCAAGUUGUAGAAACAUCUCAAGGAUGAUCAAUGGAAACAGGAUUCACCUGAGCUCAAUUUCGAGUCUCAUAGCAAACGGUCUGAAUACUUAUGUAAAUAAGGUAUUUCUGUUUUUUUAUUUUUAAUACAUUUGCCAAAAUUUCUAAGAACAACCUGUUUUCGCUUUGUCAUUGAGGUAUUGUGUGUAGAUUGAUGAGCAUUUUUCAAAUCCAUUUUAGAAUAAGGCUGUAACGUAACAAAAUGCGGAAAAAGUCAAGGUCUGAAUACUUUCCAAAUGCACUAAGUGCCAAACUGGCCUUAAUGCUGAAAGAGAAAGAGACACUUUCAGCAUUAUGGCCUGUUUGGCACUUAUACCUGCUACAGAGAGAGCAUUCACCACUGUGAAUAAUGUCCUCAAACUGUAUGGUGCAUUUUGAUCACAGUGAUUUAAUGUCGUUUCGGGAGGGGGCGGAUGUGAGAGGGUGAGGUGCAGUCCAGAUAGAUACUGAGAAAUAAACUCUAAAUCGAGCUGAUUGCUGCUUUUCCGGUCGUAGACAAAGAAGUUUGACAGCCCCGGCCCCAUUUGUCUCCCUGCGGUGGGAAUUCUGGUUCAAUGGCAGAGUCACUCACAUAUGCACUGUUCAAUCACUCUACACUCAGCAUUAGUAUGAGUUGUUCCCAGACACACAAACCCACACACUCUUUACAAUCUCAGCGCUGGCACAGUUAGAUGCACACCCGCUAAGACUCAGUCACCCUAUUUUUCCACCCUUGUCGAGCUGGCUGGCGACAUGCUGUACUGAUCAAUCUCUACUAUACACUGGGCUUUCAGUGGAACUGAGAUGGUAGUGAGGGGGGGGGGGGGGUUCUGUAAGCCUGAGCCACAGGCAGAAAAUUAGAGGCUGAAUGAUGUUUAUUUGUUUUUCGCUCUCUGUCUCUCUCUCUCUCUCCAUCCACAGCAGCUUUGUGUCAGCGGGUGAGGGUGGAGACGGAGGUGGAGGCGUACCCCACCGAGUCGGUCGACCUUCGCUGUCAGUUUGUCGAUGGAGGAAACACCAAGCUCACACAGGUAGCCAGAUAACACAUGAUGAGAGAGCCUGCUGUGCACGUCAGCCUUGACGCAGAGAAAGACAAAUAUUGCUCUCUGAUUUCCUUGAAAAGAAAGGACAGUACUGUAAAGAUGUUCUCUAGAGUUUUAAUGUAGCAACCGUUGUGGCCGAAAACAUUUCUGCAUUGAAAUUCUGUCAGUGUGGGUGCUCACCUUUUCUCUUAAUAUGCUAUUUCAUACCCCUGGAUCUGUGAAAUCUAUGUCCAUAGACUGCCAUCCUGCAACCCUCUAAGAUCUUGUCUAAUUUCUUGUCAUUCCUCUUGGAUACAGGUGUCGUGGAUAUGGGAGCCCACAGAAGGCCAGAGGGACAACAUUGCCGUCUUUCACCCCACAUACGGCGAGAGCUUCCCCGAAUCUCCCUUCACUGGACGUGUCCGCUUCAUCCAUGGCACGUUGACAAACCCCUCCAUUACCAUCACCAGCCUCAAGAUGGCCGACGCCGGGCGGUACACCUGCGAGUACGCCACCUACCCCAGCGGCAAUGAGCAAGGCACCACCAAUCUGGUCAUGCUUGGUGAGCAGCUGGUGUUUGUUUUCUGUCAGUCUGUGCCCUAAUUGCACUCGGCGAAGAGAGGGCUCCGGUGCUAUGACUAAUGGUGUCCUCAAAUGAAUGCGGUGUCACGAAACCCAUCAGUUCCAAUGCACCCACCUUGUUAAGCCGCCGCAUCGAUCGCCUCGCUUUUCAUGCUCGCCAGCUGAAUCACUGCUGCCUUUCUCUUGCACUCUAUCUUUGAUUAAACUCUGAGGGACCACACUUCCAGUAUAUGCACAACAACAAACUCACUCAUGCAGUCGCUCCCCAUCUCUCCUCUCUCUCUCAGCUAAACCCAAGAAUUCUGCAUCUCCCGUUAUCGUCCAAGCCAUCACCAGCGGCAAACCAGUGGUCGUGGCCCAGUGUGAGGCGGCUGACGGUAAGCCAGCGGCCACCAUCAACUGGAUGGGAGCGGUCGGUGGCACUGAAAACACCACCUCCAAAAAAGGGCCGGACGGCACGGUGACGGUGAGGAGCGAGUACCUCCUGGUGCCCACGCCCGAGGACAACGGCAAAGAGGUCACCUGCAUAAUCAGCCAGCGCACCCAGGACAAGCCCCAAACCUUCCCCAUGAAGCUGUCCGUCGAGUGUAAGCGUGAACUACUGGGUUUCGAACCCACGCCACACAAAUGUUAACCCUCUGAACCAAAGCCUAGGCAUUACUGAAAUAACUGUUUGAAUAACCGUCUUAUUCAACCAAGUGGGUAAAAAACACUUAUUUUAAAUAUAGGCAUUAGGUCUCAGGUCUCAGACAAGGUUGGGUUAUUCAUCACACAAGCAUGGUUCACAUCCUCCAUUUCAGAAGCAUGUUAGGGCUGCUGUGUUUGUUUUUACCUAGCGUGAGACAUCAGUCCCUAGUCAUAUCUCUGCAUUCCUCUGGCGGUAGUUUUCAGUCUCACUGAUGCUUUAUAGGUCAACUCUUGCUGUGAAAACCUCUGUGUCGAAGUCUCUUCCACUCCUGAACUCCAGUAGGUAAUCAGUGUCAUGAGGUACAGCUAGGAGAAGACAGAAGAGAGAUGAGAGGAUAGGAAGCGAGAGAGAGAGAGCGAGAAGAGAGGAGAGAGAGAGAGGAAAGAGAGAGGAUAUAUGAUACGAUCUCUCUCUCUCGUAUAGAUCUCUAUCUCUCUCUCUCUCUCUCUCUCUCUCUCUCUCUCUCUCUCUCUCUCUCUCUCUCUCUCUCUCUUUUCUCUCGCGCUCUCUCUCUCUCUCGCUCUCUCUCGCGCUCUCUCUCUCUCGCUCUCGCGCUCUCUCUCUCUCUGCCUCUCUCUCUCUCUGCCUCUCUCUCUCUCUGCCUCUCUCUGCCUCUCUCUCUCUCUGCCUCUCUCUCUCCUCUCUCUGCCUGUGUCUGUUUCUCUCUCUCUGUCUCUCUCUCUUUCGUACUUUUCCCCUUCUUUCUCAGAUCCCCCGACUGUGUCCAUAGUGGGCUAUGAUAACAACUGGUACAUCGGCCGGACCGACGCUGUCCUGACCUGCCAGGCCACUGGCAACCCUGCCCCCACCACCGUCACUUGGACAGUGUGAGUAUCCCUUCCCAUAGCUGUCCCAGACCUUUGGAGUAUCCCUCUCAUGACUGUCCCAGACGUACGGAGUAUCCUUCUUAUGACUGUCCCAGACUUUUGGAGUAUCCUUCCCCAUUGUGGUCUUAAUUCGCCCGAAGAAUUACUUUAGACAAUGUCUCCCCUGUCUAUCCCAGACAACAGAAGGAGUCAGUCAGGCAUAAACAAUCAAUUAACAAUUCCAACCUGAUCUGCUAGAGUACCAAUAUUGCCCGUCCUCUGGGGCCCAGCAGCUUGCUUUUAUCUCGUAAUGGGGAACACAAGCAUCUCUGCAGCAGUUAAAUGGAAAAGAAAACCAUAUUUAAUUUGUUUUUCUCUUCUUGUUGAUUAUCCACAUUGUCUUCGUUUCGUCUCGUGAUGAUAGACAGAUGGCGGUUAGAUGGACUGUUGUUGCAGCCGACAGCCUGCUCCUCCAGUUGAGGUUCUGAAUAUGGAACGGGAUUUGUGGAACAGGAACGGGUCAUAUGGCUGUGGUUCUUCCAAAUCGUUUGUCUCUCUCACUCCUGUUCCCCCUCUCCCUCCCACACACAGCAUGUCAGGUUCGAUGCCUGACACGGUGCAGAUCAACGCCAACAAGCUGAUCGUGCGGAAGGUGGAUGAGGCUGUGAACACCACCUUUGUCUGCGAGGUGAAGAACCGGCUGGGAGUGAGCAAGCACCAGGUCACCACAGCAGUCAUCGGUGAGUCAAACCCACUGAGAACGUGACGGCUGCCUGCCUACUCCAACUUAAUGAUACAUACACACACUGAUACACCAUUCCUGCCCACGAGCAUAUGUGCAAAACACACACAGACAUUUGUGGGGACACACACACUGGGAUCAGGGCUAAACUCCUGCAGGCUGAUAUUUUUCCAUCAUUUACUCUGUCAGAGACUAACGUUCUCUCACAGCUUACUCUCAGUCAUCUGCUGGGCAGGUUUGGGUUGUAGGGGUUCUGAGAAGGGUUAUUUUAUUAAUGCGGGAAAUCAGUUGGUGUGAGCCAGUUUUCCGGGUUUUCUUUUCUCCUCACUAACAUCCUCAGUGUAGGUCUAUCGCUUCUUUCCCCCCUUCGAAUAAGAGUCCGCUCUUCCUCUGCAUGCACUUUCUCCUCUCUUUGCUCCCAUGCUUUCACACAUUGAUCCAAUAAACACAGAACAGCCUUAUGUUGGCUAGCUUUGACUUGGGCGUCAGUUGUGCUUUGUAGGAUGUCAGCUAUGCUGUGUUACAUUGUGGAUUCUGCCUGGUCAAAAUGGGUGCCGCCUUUCGAUCAGUUGAACAACGCAAAAGCUACAUUUAGAAUCCGUGGGAAUCCUUUUAGAGAUUUUGAAUUGUCUCCCUUUGAGAACAAAGGUGCUUUGUAGGCGCACACUGCUGAAACGUGUGGGAGGUGGGGAAGAAGUAAGCCUCUGGUGCUCUAGCUAGCAGCGUUGCCUUGUGACUACAGUAUCAGGGCUGGCUGGCACUCCCACCAGCCCCGCAACUUUGCAAGUACCUGAGAAAAAACCUGGUCCAACCUCCAUUGACUUUGUCCUUGGCUUUGAACAGUGUUUCAUCCCAUAACAGUAUGAGUUUUGUGUGCAGAAACACAUUUGAAAGGAAGCAACUGAAAUGAAACCACUUUGUAGCACAAACACAAUCCGUUACCUUCAUUUUCACUUGUGAAUCCUUUUAAAAGCUCUCUCUGUUCCCUUUAACUUCAGAUGAAAGCGCUGAGAUAUUUAUCUGGGGGUGGCUUUUAAAACACCCCUUUAAGGUUGGGAUUGUAACAAGGGUGGAGAGCACAAAGUAGGAGAUUAUGUCCUUUCUCUUAAAGAGGAGCGUUCGGUCACGUGACCCAUGGUCUCGGAGUAAAAGAAAGAACAGAGUUCUGCUGACGAAAGGAAAAAGCCCCACUCUCGCUCGACACUUGCUCAGCGGGCACGUGCCAGAGACGGCGCGUUAGUGUCGACAAGGCGCCAGCUGGAUCUGGAUCUGGAUCUGUCCAUGUAGGCAGAGAUCUAGAAAGGGUAAAACAGUAACAGAAAAGUCCAUAGAACUCUGAGAUGACUCCUGCUAGAAUUUCAACAGCCUGGCAGGGUGUCGCGACCCCUUGUCUCUCCAGUGCCCCCCUCCUUAGUGGGCGGUUCCAGCUGGCUCGGUGCAUAGCGUUAUUGUCACUGUUCACUGGAACGCUUCUGAAUUGACCAGCAGAACACAUGCGCACAUACACACACCACUUCCUCAGGCAAGCCAUCCACUGGACCCACACACACACAAGCCUCCUCAGGGACAGAAUAAUAAACUAAUCUAGCCGAGAAGAAAUACUGGCACUGAAAUGUCUGCUGACAUAAACCCGGGGCUAGUACCCUACUGUAUUGUAGCAUUAGUUCCCGGGGGUGUCCUCCUCAGGGAUGGACUGGCUGGAGGCCACUGGAAGUUAAUCUUGAAUGAAUUGUCAUAUCUCGAUUAAUCCAUCUUGAUUGAGCAGAUUUUGUUUCCCGCCUCAGUUGUGUCCAUGUUAAGGGGGUGUUGUUAGAAUUGCCAGACUGUGAGGUUUCAUCUCUGUGAGGGAGAUAAGGAGAGAGGCAGGCACCUGGCCAUGGUGGCUUAUCAGAGACUGCCCCGUGGUGCCCAGAGAGAGGCUAAACCUGCCCCAUGGAGAGCCUGGCGGGAAGGUACAAAUAAACAAGUUAGAGAAUAUCUACCAUGAACAUCUGCCCAUUUGCCUCCAAUGAUACUAGAUGUACUGGAUGUAGUUUGCAGAGCUAGUCCAAUGUGACCCAGUAACCUUGCCCAAGGCCUGAAGAGGCGUGUUACAAAGAACUAACACCAAAGAACUAGCAAAAUUGACAAACCUCGGACAUUAGCACCACCAGACUGGGUUAGCUUGCAGAGCUUAAAUGGAUAGUGUGAGAUUUUGGCGAUUCGAGGAAAAGCCCUUUUUCUACCUACCCAGAGUCAGAUGAUCUCAUGGAUGCCAUUUUUAUAUCUCUAAUUGGCGUUAGCGCAAUGACUAGAAGUCUACCAGAACAGCUAGCAUGCUCAUCAAGUUCAUAUGACUCUUGAUAUGUAGAAAAAAGGCUUAGUUGCCAAAAUCUCAUACUAUCCCUUUAACAUCUGCAAGCUAACCCAGUCUGCUGGAGUGCUGAUAACCAAGGUUGAUCAAUUAAAUAUAUAUAUUUAAAAAAAUAUCGAACCUCUUUGCCAAAACACAAAGAAUGAUUGAUCGAAACCUGAGGCAAGGAGUAUCUGACUGAGAAUCUGAGUAUAUAUCUCCUAAAUAUUUCAGAUAGAAAUGUGUGUGGUUCAAUGCAUUACUUACUAGUGAGGAAGACUUUGUUUGAAUUUCAUUCAAAUGUCAAUAACCACCUUCCCUGAACUGGGCCCACGUUUUCAAUUGGACUCUGGUGGUCAGGUUCUCCACAAACGCUACAUGCAGUAGCAGCCUGACUGUCUCAGGAGAGACCCCCCCCCCAAUUCCAAUCCCGCUCUGCCUCAGCCAUUUGACGUCGAAGAGCGACAGAACGAUACGCCUGAUUUGGCAUUCCACUGCCAGGCGUCUAACAGACCCAAGCAAAGGGCAAUGAUUGCCUUGCCUGUGAGCGGCCGCAUUUCAAUUUGAAUGAUAAAGUCUAAAUCCGAACGCUUUGCCAUUGCAUUAACCGCUCAUACCCUGCCAUUUUGUGCCUGGCGCUUUGUCAUUUUCCUCAUUUUCCCAGGCUUGUAAAUGCAACUGCCCUCUGGCCUGACCCAGCAGAAACAAGCUCCCCUGUCUGCAUAGCCUCAGGCUGGAGGAGCAUAGCUCUGUAAUCCUCCAGGGUCAUGAAGCUACCUUUCAAUUAGCCAGAGGGUUAGCUCUAUGGCACAUCAGGUCAGAUGACUAUCUGUCAAAAUAAUCCCCCAUCAUUAAUCAAUGGGAAGCCAAUGGAAGACAGAGUACCCUAAAUCCUUCAGGACUAGUACUGGGAUCGCUUUUCCCCCUCUACCCCAGCUUUGGGGCCUCCUCACUCUGUUCUGGAAGAAUGAAGCUGGAACCACACACUUCUUUCUCUCUCUCCUUCUGUCUCUCUCUCUCUCUCUCUCUCCCCCUCUUCAGCUUCCCCCCAUGAAUGACUCACGGAAACGCAGAUUACCUCAUUUUGAGGCAGAUUGCUACAUUGCUAUUAACUGUGUGUCGGUUUGUUGAUCUCUAUCAACAGCCGAGGUCUGGAUUCAAUCAUAGCAGCAGAUUUGUCCAACUUAGAAUUGGUCUCAAAACAAAUGUGCCUGUGUAUAAUGCAGUCUUAGUACAGUAGUCACAGAACUGAUUGAGAAUCAGAGUCCUUUAUCUAAAAAUAGAGAGACGUUCAUGUUAUGAUUUUUUUUAGUCUUAAGACAAGCAUGCGCUAACAAAUGUGUAUAUUAUGUGUGCUCUGUAGAAUUGGAGUCUAAAUAAGCUUUAAGCUAAAUCCAUCAGAUGUGUUUAGACGGUAACCCCAUAAUAUUUGAUGGACUGCUCAAUGUUUAUAUAAUCCAUUAUGCAGAAUAUGCACAUUAACAGGGUGUUUAGCCUUUGCAGCUAUCAAAUGCAGUGUUUCUAGAAACAUACCACCAGACACACACUGAGAAUCAAUACCCAAUCCAGAUUCACCCAUCUCUGCUUACAGCAUGUCUUUUGUUUUUACGAUCAUGUGAUGCAGUCAUUUCUUUUCAGUAACUCCUAGCCGAGGCUCAUUUCCUCUGAGCUUACAUUCUUGAGGUGGUGUGUCAGAGUGGGAGUCGAGCACUCGGAGCUACACUAGUUCACCCCUCCUUGUUGUGUGUAUCGACAUAUCCUGAAAGCAGGCAGCAAGUCCACUUAAGAGUACAUGCCGACUGGGUGAAUACAGUGUUACUGCUGCAUAUAGAGACUGCAGCUGGGAAGAAGGUGGUGGUGAAUGAGGAAUCAGAGUGACUAAGGGUGGGGAUGUCACUGAGGUUGGGGAGGGGAAUACCUCCUAGCGUUCCUCACCUCUGUAGGGGAGCAAGGGUGCAGCUCAAUUCAGAGAAGAGACAGCUGUGUGUGAGAGAGGGAAUUAAAGAGAGACAGCACAGUGUGUGUGUGAGCGAGGCAGAGACUGCUGUGUGUGUGUGUGUGUGUGAGAGAGAGAGAGAGAGAAUUAAAGCGAGACAGCACAUUGUGUGUGUGAGCGAGGCAGAGACUGCUGUGUGUGUGUGCGCGUGCGGAGUGUACUACUGAAAGGAGAUGUACAGUGGGGAAAAAAAGUAUUUAGUCAGCCACCAAUUGUGCAAGUUCUCCCACUUAAAAAGAUGAGAGAGGCCUGUAAUUUUCAUCAUAGGUACACGUCAACUAUGACAGACAAAUUGAGAAUUUUUUUCUCCAGAAAAUCACAUUGUAGGAUUUUUAAUGAAUUUAUUUGCAAAUUAUGGUGGAAAAUAAGUAUUUGGUCACCUACAAACAAGCAAGAUAUCUGGCUCUCACAGACCUGUAACUUCUUCUUUAAGAGGCUCCUCUGUCCUGCACUCGUUACCUGUAUUAAUGGCACCUGUUUGAACUUGUUAUCAGUAUAAAAGACACCUGUCCACAACCUCAAACAGUCACACUCCAAACUCCACUAUGGCCAAGACCAAAGAGCUGUCAAAGGACACCAGAAACAAAAUUGUAGACCUGCACCAGGCUGGGAAGACUGAAUCUGCAAUAGGUAAGCAGCUUGGUUUGAAGAAAUCAACUGUGGGAGCAAUUAUUAGGAAAUGGAAGACAUACAAGACCACUGAUAAUCUCCCUCGAUCUGGGGCUCCACGCAAGAUCUCACCCCGUGGGGUCAAAAUGAUCACAAGAACGGUGAGCAAAAAUCCCAGAACCACACGGGGGGACCUAGUGAAUGACCUGCAGAGAGCUGGGACCAAAGUAACAAAGCCUACCAUCAGUAACACACUACGCCGCCAGGGACUCAAAUCCUGCAGUGCCAGACGUGUCCCCCUGCUUAAGCCAGUACAUGUCCAGGCCCGUCUGAAGUUUGCUAGAGUGCAUUUGGAUGAUCCAGAAGAGGAUUGGGAGAAUGUCAUAUGGUCAGAUGAAACCAAAAUAUAACUUUUUGGUAAAAACUCAACUCGUCGUGUUUGGAGGACAAAGAAUGCUGAGUUGCAUCCAAAGAACACCAUACCUACUGUGAAGCAUGGGGGUGGAAACAUCAUGCUUUGGGGCUGUUUUUCUGCAAAGGUACCAGGACGACUGAUCCGUGUAAAGGAAAGAAUGAAUGGGGCCAUGUAUCGUGAGAUUUUGAGUGAAAACCUCCUUCCAUCAGCAAGGGCAUUGAAGAUGAAACGUGGCUGGGUCUUUCAGCAUGACAAUGAUCUCAAACACACCGCCCGGGCAACGAAGGAGUAGCUUCGUAAGAAGCAUUUCAAGGUCCUGGAGUGGCCUAGCCAGUCUCCAGAUCUCAACCCCAUAGAAAAUCUUUGGAGGGAGUUGAAAGUCUGUUGCCCAGCGACAGCCCCAAAACAUCACUGCUCUAGAGGAGAUCUGCAUGGAGGAAUGGGCCAAAAUACCAGCAACAGUGUGUGAAAACCUUGUGAAGACUUACAGAAAACGUUUGACCUGUGUCAUUGCCAACAAAGGGUAUAUAACAAAGUAUUGAGAAACUUUUGUUAUUGACCAAAUACUUAUUUUCCACCAUAAUUUGCAAAUAAAUUCAUAAAAAAUCCUACAAUGUGAUUUUCUGGAAUUGUAUUUCUCAUUUUGUCUGUCAUAGUUGACGUGUACCUAUGAUUAAAAUUACAGGCCUCUCUCAUCUUUUUAAGUGGGAGUACUUGCACAAUUGGUGGCUGACUAAAUACUUUUUUCCCCCACUGUAAAGGAAGGUUCCAGGUGAAACGAGUGUGAAGUGGUGGCUGUUAUUCAGUAAGGCAUCUUUUCUCUGCUUUAGUUUCAGCACAUCUGCCCAGCGUUCUAAGAAAUAAAUAAUUUAGAAACUUCUCAAUAUCCGAAGAGAGAGGGGGAUUCAAUUGGCUGUAGACUAAAAUGGAGGAGUAAAAAUACAUUUUGCGUGUGAGAGAUUUUGUGUCCGCUUCCAUAUGGCUGAAAAGAAAGGGAGGGAAUUGUGGUGAUUGAGGAAAUACCUCGCUCGCUUCCAACUAGACUACAAGAAUGUGAAAUGAUUGAGAUGGUUAUGGAAACACAGGAGACUUUCAGGGAAGGGGAGGAGGGAGGGUUGGGGUCGAUGGGACUGGAGAUUUGAUGUGAAUGUGCAUGCGUAGGUUGAGAAGGUGCUCUGACCCCCAUUGAUAGAGUUCACACUGUACAGCACUGGCAGCACAACGCGGUACAUUCCCUCUUCCCACAUUAUCUGGAGGGAUUUUAAUAGACAAGAGUUAAGUGCACCAAGAGUGCGUCAACCUUAGGUUGUUAUAGGAUAUUUACAGUUCUAUGUAUAUGGGUACUUUACCUGUACUGUACAGCAAGAACCUGAAAUCGUACUCAUCAUUAUUUUCAACAUCAUCCCAGAUCCAUGUUAUUUUCCCUGCCUCUUUCCUGUUCGGAGAAUCUCUUUUCCUGUUUGCUAAUUUGUGAUUCUCCGAAACAGGAAGAGAUGGUUCAGGUCGGAUCUGCUGUUGUGCUCCUUCCCCUAAUCUCUCUGACAUGACAGUAAUAUAGGCGGUGAUAUAAGCUCGCUGUGAUCAUUUUGACAUUUAUUACCCCUUGCUGGUUGAUUUAGUCCUGGCUCCCAACUACCCCUGUCCUAGUUCUCCCUGUGCCGUGGCUUUGACGUUUUCACCUCCCCAUACCCAGAUUUAGAUCUAGACAUUAAGGCCUUGCAUCUCCCAAGCCCUCUGUCUUGGCAGGGCAUUCCAAGCUGCCCUGUAUGAGGUCGGGGUUUGGAAUGGAUCAAACUGUAGGUGGGCUUUGGCCUCUUAUAGCCUCAUGUGGCUCUGAGUUGAGUUCCUCCAUUGGACUGGUUCCUGGUUUAUAGUGGGGGAGCGCUCAUAGCCCAGGGUUAAACUAACUGACCCAUUAGGUGCGAGGGGGGGGGCAGAGCAGUAUGUCGAUGUGUUCCAAUUCCAUCAUGCAUGACCACAGUGAUAGUCUUUACCACUUCUGUAGUCCCCUUUCACUUCCAUUUUCCUAUCGCUGUCCCUGUUUCUCUCUCUCUCUCUCUCUCUCGUCUCUGCGUUGUUGUGCCCGAUGUACGCCUCGGUCAAAAUAUCAGACCCGGGAUUCGUCACAUCGUGUGUCACAAAAUGUGUUCCUCAUUUUUGUUUCUCUACUGAAACAAGAGUGGACCGGCUCAAACUUGGCUCACACCAACCGUACUGUAUAAAUGGGCAACAGGGGGCUGCAAAAAAACUGCAACUAAAGGGGAGGAAUCAAUCCCAGUCAAAUCGCAACAACACUGAUCGAGACACCACCACCUCACUGACAGCAUCUCACCAGGAGAGCACCAGAACAACAGUACUACUCCUACGGAAAGAGGCCCAUUAAAAACCGACCAACCCCCCUACCCUUUCCUCCCCCAAUUUUUUUGUAUUUUCCUCUACCUUUUGCUCCCCUCCUCCCCCCCUCUGCAGAGGCCAUAGUGGACCCGUCCAACGCGGGCGUGUUGGCGGGGGCUAUCAUCGGCAGCCUGCUGGCUUUACUGCUGGUCAGCGCGCUGAUUGCUGUCCUGGUGACCCGCAGUCGCCGGCAACGGCGUGGUUACCCCAGCAACGGAGAGCCAGGCGCCUACGGGAACAAAGCCCGCCUCUUCGGUGGAGCUGGCAACAAGAAUGGAGGCACUGGGGCCAACAUCAACGGGCCCAUCUAUACGUACCGCGAGAGCGACCCUGGAGCGCUGGCUGAGAAGGUCAACGACUUCCACCACCACGGCCCGCCAGGCUCCACCCCCACCGCCCACGACAUCCUGCUGAGCAGCGAAAUGGAUGAGGCGGAGCGCAGGAAGUUCGACGCACUUGACGACAGCCUGGAGGUGGAAGAGGAGCGCUACGACAGCUUCAGCGUCGGCAUGGCGCCAGCCUAUCACAUCCACCGGCACGACGAGGAGAUGGGAGGGGUCAGCAUGUACCUGGACGACGACAUGGAGUCACAGCGGGACGGGUCGGUCAUCUCCCGGACUGCCAUCUACGUCUAG